AUGAACCCCUUCUAUUUCCAUGCAGUGAAUGUAAUUUUACACUGUCUAGUGACUCUCGUGCUGAUGUACACUUGUGACAAAGCUGUGUUCAAGGACUGUCGACUUGCUUUUGUCACGGCGCUGUUCUUUGCUGUGCAUCCCAUUCACACUGAGGCUGUAACAGGUAUAGUAGGCAGAGCGGAUGUCCUCGCGUGUCUACUCUUUCUGUUGGCUUUUCUCUCCUAUAAUAGGAGUGUGGAUCAUCUUUAUGUCGGGGAACAUUUCCCUCCCACUGCCUCCCCAUUCUUUUUGCUGCUUAGUUUAUUCCUUGGGACGUGUGCAAUGCUGGUGAAAGAAACUGGAGUCACCGUGUUUGGUGUGUGCUUGGUUUAUGACUUCUUUUCCCUCUCCUGCAAUGGACUCAAACUGAGAAAUGGAGGCAUCCACCAGAGACCUGCCCGGCAGUCUGCAGCUUCUCCCUCUGCCUCGCUGCAGGUCCCUCUGUCCAGCCGGGAGAACGGGAAGCAUCGCUUUGCUCACCGGGGCACCUGGAGCUCCUGCCACCCGGCGUCACCUGAGGAACAGCAGAGCAGUGGCCUUUCUGUGCCCAGCAAAGCCAUGUGGGCCAUUCGGAGCUACCUGACUGCAAAUAAAAAACAGAAUUUCUUGUAUACGGCAAGGCCUUUUUUGAAGAGAGCUGCUUUGGUGAUAAGCUACGUGAUUCUCGUGUUGUAUUUCCGCCUCUGGAUAAUGGGAGGAUCCAUGCCGAUGUUUUCAGAGCAGGACAAUCCAGCUUCAUUCUCACCAUAUUUACUGACGAGGUUUCUAACUUAUUCCUACCUUCUGGCCUUCAAUGCAUGGCUUUUGCUGGCACCGAUUACCCUCUGCUACGACUGGCAGGUUGGCAGCAUCCCUUUGAUCGAGUCCAUCUGGGAUGUGAGGAACUUAGCCACAGUGUUCCUGGUGCUGGUGAUGACAUUACUCAGCCUACACUGCAUAGCUGCAUUCAAGGUAACACCAAAAGACAUGCAAUACAACGUUUUGCUUAAAAUAUUUUGUUUCCUGUUCUUCAGAUGA